AUGGCACUCCGAUUCCAGACCUAUCCUGAGAUUAUCGUAUUGACUCAGACUGGCCGCAUUGACAGAAUCCUGGAUGCACUGGGUUGCAAUGACUUGCCUGGAGUUGAUACUCCUGGAAUUGACACUCUUCGAAACGAUAAGCAUGAUGGUGACCCUGCAAUCUGUACCUUCAACUAUGACAGCGUCAUUGGCAGGUUGCGGUACUUGUGUGCCCAUUCUAGUAGGCCAGAUUUGAGUUCGGCUGUGAGCCAAGCUGCCAGAUUUGCAUCGCGGCCCAAGAGAAGCCACGAGCGGCCAGUACCUGGUCAAGACUAG